GUUUGAUAUUUGGCAGUGUGGUCAGUCUAAUUCCCUUUACAGGACUCUUGGGAUAGUAUUAAGUCUCUGCUUUACCUUUAUAUGUACCUGAAGUCAUAUAAACUGUAUGUAUUCAGGUAGUGCUGGAAUAGUUAUGGCUUCUCCGGGGUAUUUUGGUGGUGGUCAGCCGAUGCGCGAGCGUGACCCGUACUUCGCUGAGGUCAUCAGCCAGAGUAUGCGCGUGCCCGAGCGGCUGAGGUUCGGUCCCGCUCCUCACACGCACGAGCCUGGGGACAAAAGACCUGAAGGUCUACCUGCAGCCUACAGCAUGCACAUACCCGACAGACUGGCCUUAACAGAUGUUCCUGACCUGAGUUCACAGCCCCUCUUCUCCAAACAUACUUCAUCAGUGUGGGACCUGCUGCACGGAUCCUUGGAUCGGGAGGCGUACAUGAGAGAGCCUGUCCAGAGUCUGCUGCGUAGGUCUUAUAGUGACCAAGCUUUGGGCCGGACCCCACCUGGAACCCCCACAUACUCCAGACAAGCACUCCACUCCCAGUCUCCUCGCAGUGUUGGACGUCCAACUGCGGUACAUGCAGACCCAUCCCCUCCAAAGCCCCUGGGGCUGCCCUCCAUCCCACUGAACCUGCUGUCCCCACAGAGCAUACUGCAGGCCGGCAAAGAGCUGGGGCAGCAGACCUCUCAAAAAAUCCUACAGACUGUCACCAAAAAAUACUCCUCCAGGUUUGGUUACUCAGUUGACCGCCCCUCCCAGGCCGCGGAGGUUCAGCCUGAUCAGAGCAGGACAAGUGCCUCACAGGAGUUCUGGCUCAGCCCUGAGGAGGACACAGGAACUGCUGUCGAAUUUAUGGUGCUCCGCAGACAGGUUAUGAAGAUGAGCAGGCGGAUAGCAGGGCUGGAGAGACAGAACGCAGAGCACAGACAGACAGAACUGGUGCUGUUUUCACUGCUGCUGUCUGCCUUCCUGAUCAACGGCUGGCUGUGGAUGCGCAGAUGAUAUCACCUACACCACAACAAGAACACUACAUAAACAGACUGCUCUACAUGAAGCUCUCAUAUAUUAUACAGCAGAGCUUGUCCUGUAGAUCCUGUUGGACGUAUGUUAUCGUGAUUUACUAAGGUAAAUCAGAGGCGUCCCAGUUAUGGUAAAUGGAUGGCUAAGAAACCACACCUGUAGAGCACUCUUAUCAUUAGGGUAAGGUGUAACAUCUGCGUCAUCCAUUCAUGUCGUAUAAUCACAGCAACGACAUGGCGCACUGAUGGAGCCCUGGUCUUUCCUGACCACCAUUACCAUAAAUACCCUUACUGGCACAUGUGAUCAGACCACUGUAGUAGAUGGUGAGUAGUAGAUGUAUCUUGCUUUGAGGAUUUAAUUUGUUUGCAUUUCUGCAAGUUUUGCAAGCCUUGCAGGUUUUGUUCAAAAUAUUUCUGAUAUUACACUGAUUAAAUGUGUUUAGAUUCUUAUCUGCUCCCAAUGAGGUUUGAAUAGCCUUUUCCAUUUUAACAUGUUUGUUUGCUCAGCCUGAUGUAUUAUAUAUAUUCACAAUAAUAAAAAUUUGAAUAAAUUGUU